AUGUCGUCAUCUAUUACGAUCCCAACUAGAAAUUCCAAUAAGGCUGCUGCUACGGCAAGCCCAAGCAGCUCCUCUUCAUAUUCAAGCUCUCCUACAACAUCACAACAAUCACCAUCAUCAGCCGCUACUUCUCCAAACACUCGAUGUGGAUAUGAUAGGAGAAGAAGUCUUUUGAGCACAGCACUUGCAAAGGAAGAACAUACUACAAUUAAUAUUGGGGAUCCUGACGGCACACCACGACUUAUCACUUGCGUGCGUUCUUCACAAGGGUUUGACUGGAACCCAGAAAUAUUCUUCCCCUCCUACAUGGAAUCCGAUUUCGAAUCGCUCGAACGAAAGCGCGAGCCUGUUCUUGAAAUCAGAUUGAGUGAUGAGGAAAUCAAGCAAAUGUUCCCUCAAUAGGCUGUGUACAAAACACUAGUGAUGGACGUUGAUAUAAAUUGAUGGGUUUGGGUUGCACAUUCUGGCGCUGAGGGUUUGAACAUAUCAUUACGAUUUCGCGGGUACAGAGGUGCGUUAUAUUUAGGUAGCCUGGUCAGCGAUUGCGAGUGGGAUAUAUUAUCUAGGGACUGGUGGUAUUUGGUUUUGUUAGGAGACAUGAGGAGUUUGGAUACAAUUCUUUUGGAAUUUGGUUAUUGGGUGUACUGGACUAGGCGUCCCUCUUUUUACAACAGAUUCCCCUUGAUCAAUUCAACUCCAUUUUAAC